AUGCCUGUUCUUAACGUUAGCGAACUCAACAUAGUCCUUGGCGUCCUUGGGGCCUUCACAGUUCUCUAUGGCAUCAUAUCUGUCAAGAUAAAGCAAGCUUGGUACUUGGGCGAAGCUCUGCCUGCUGUUAUCUUCGGAAUCGCUCUUGGACCUUUAUCUGCGAAAUUCAUUGAGAGUGAGAAAUGGGGGUUUGCCACCCCAGGUCAGACAAAUGCCAUCACACUGGGCACCAUGCGUGUUAUGAUCGGCGUUCAACUGGUCAUCGCAGGAUACCAACUUCCGGCCAAAUACAAUUACACGCGAUGGAAGGAAAUGACCCUAUGCCUUCUACCGAUCAUGACUAUAAUGUGGCUAUGCACAACGGCUUGCAUUAUGGUCACUAUACCCAAAGUCACCUUCUUGGCGGCCCUCGUUAUCGGGUCUUGCGUAACAUGCACCGACCCUAUCCUCUCCCAAGCCAUAGCCAAGGGCCCCUUUGCCGAUAAAUACGUCCCACGACCGCUACGCGACCUCAUUUCCUCCGAGGCUGGCGCCAACGACGGCUUUGGCUUCCCUUUUUUGAUGCUCGCCACUUAUCUAAUCCGGCAUGCAGACAUCCAAGGAGUCAAUAAGCACAGUAGAGACAGCCUGGAGACUGACGAGUUUCCCCAUGCCAUGAUGCCACGAUCUGAGGACGUCGGUCGUCUGGGAGGAGGUGUUGGGGAAGCCAUGAAAAACUGGGUCGUCGAGACAUGGCUCUAUAUGAUCCUCCUGUCGGUUGCGUAUGGGGCUCUGAUAGGCUAUGGGUCUUGCAAAGGAAUCCGCUUUGCGCUCAGAAGGAAAUGGGUUGACAAUGAAUCCUAUCUGCUCUUUCCGACUGCCUUGGCACUAUUCAUCGUUGGCACUUGCGGUGCUAUAGGCACUGAUGACCUGUUGGCCUGCUUCGUUGCUGGUAGCGCGCUGAACUGGGAUGGUCAUUACCUGCGGGAGACUGAGGUCCGCCACGAUGAGGUCAACUCCUGCGUUGAUGUCUUACUCAACUUUGGCGGUUUUAUGUACAUUGGGACUAUCUUGCCAUGGUCGGACUUCGACGACCCUACCGGUACCGGCAUCACCUGGAGCCGCCUUUUUGCGUUGGGAUUUCUUGUUCUCAUCUUCCGCCGACUGCCUGCCAUCUUUGCCUUCUAUAAACUCAUGCCGGCAACUUGCUCCAACUGGAAAGACGCCCUUUUCAUGGGUUAUUUUGGCCCUAUUGGCGCCGGAGCUGUCUUUUAUGUCGAGCAUGCCCGCCAUCUCUUUCCCAGUGAUGGAGAUGGCGAUAAAGAAGAAACUGACCUUGUUAGAGCCAUGACGCCGACCGUCUACUGGCUUGUCUUCUUCUCUAUUGUCGCUCACGGACUGUCAAUCCCUGCCCUAAAUAUCUUCUACCACUAUAUCCGAAAGGCGCCUGUAAAGAGAGACGAUGUCGAGUUUCGGUGCAUAUCUCUUGAUGCACUACCAACCAACUCUGUGGGAGCUAAUCAGGAUGCCUUAUCGACGGACUGUCUUCAUCAACCAGUCAACCCUGGCAUCAAUCGGCCAGUUUUGGGAUGCCCAUCCUCUCCUGUUUCUAUGGAAUUCUCUGACGACAACGACAGCCUUAAUAAGUGUCGACAGAUCAAGACAAACAAUGGAAAUUCGGCGUGGGUAUAA